AUGGCGAGGAGGGAGCCAAAGGGGCGCAGGAUCCCCAGCAAACGGCAGCGGAGCCGGGAUCGAGAGAUCUUCACGAAAAAGCAAGGCAGGGGUUACGAUAGUGUCAGGAAACCCACGGCGCCGGCCUUUCUGGGCCAAACGCACACAAAAAACGGGGAGGGGGGCGGGUGGAAGAAAGGAAGUCGCGAGUUCUCCAGAAAAAAAAAUAUGAAAAAAAUGAACUUGGCUCUCCAAGGAGAAGGCAUGACUCCGCCGGUGUAUUUAUGGCACUUGAAAGCAGCCGGGCGCUGCAGCUUGAGUGCGAGGGAGCAGGCUCAAGUAGUUGCUAGCUCGCCAGGCCAGCGCGCUGGAUGGAGAGCUAAGCUGACAGCGCCUGCCUGUCUCGCGCAAAGCCCCUCCAGCUGCCUCUCCCGCUUCAUUCCAGCACACGGGAGGCUGGGGCUCUUUUUCGCUCGCUCGCUCGCUCGCCCCCGCCCCCCACUCGAGCUCGAGCCGCCGCGCAGCCUCCCCAAUUGCGCGCCCAACAACUUGAGGCAGGUGCGCGCCCCGCGGGAAAUCCUCGGGGACGGGGCGGCGCUGCGACGGGCGGAGGCGGGGGCUCGCGCCGCCUCUCCCGGCGCCCCGAAGUGCUGGAGGAGCAAGUUUGGUUCUGGGGCGGCGGCGGCAGCGGCUCGGCUCGGGCAGGGGGGGUCCAGACUGAGCCCUUCCGCGGACGCCCGUCCGUCCCCAGCCGCCGGCCGGCGCCAGGGCUCGGCGCGCCCGAGCGCGAGGGGCGCGGGAGUGCGUUGCGAGCGCCCAAAAAGCCUCCGGAGCGAGGGGAGGGGAGCGGGGAGGGAGACGGCGGGCGCAUGCGCCUGGGCCGAUCGAGCCAUAUUGGAUAUGAGGCGGUGAGCGGAGCGCCGGCGAGCCUUGCCCGAGCCCCGGCAGCGGCGCGGGGCUGGAAAAACUCCCCGCAGGUAAGGCGGGGGCGGGAUGCGGGGCCUCGCGGGUCGGGGGGCGCCCGCCGCAGCUGCUGGGCGCGUUUUGCUGCGUGCGCGGCCGCCGGAAACGCUUUUUUCCGGCUCCUGAAGUUUGAUGCGGGAGACGGCGAGGGAGGGCGGUAGCAGCAGCAGCAGCCAGGCGAGCGGGAGGGGGAGCGAGCGAGUGGCGAGCGCUUCGCUCGGAUGUGCAGCCGGGAGACGCCGCCGCCGCCGCCGCCGCCGCAGCAGUACGAGCGCCAACUCCGCGCGCGCUUCUCGCGCUCCGCGCAAAUUCCCGCGACGCGGGAGAAAGGCGCUCUGCGCCCGCGCACCUCCGGGCCCGAAAGGGGGCGCCUGCCCGCCUGCCGUUUCCCUUCGCAUUUGUUUUCCUGCUGUACUUGUGAAAAGUUCCUAGGCGCAGAGCACUGGAAGGUGCUCCUUCUCCCUCUUUUUUUUGGGGGGGGGGUGUUGCCCGUUAUUGUGUGCGCAAGGAAAGCCAAGCCUCUCCUUCCCUCGCCUUGGUUUCUGGAAUCUCUGGCUGGGCGAUUGAACGUUGUUGAUGCACUUUCUUUUUCUAACUUGGGUGGGUUAGAGGAAAAGUCAUUUCAAGGGAACUUCUGAACUUUUGAGGCCAUGUGUUUUGUCUUUGCCGAAGUGGCGUUUGACGUGGUGGUGAUGGUGAUGAUGAUAAAAGCGUUAUUAUGAUUAUUAAUCUUCUCUAAAAUGGCUUCAUUUGGAAAAGAUGAGGCCUUCUUAAACAAUUGGGCUGUGGUUCUCCCCCAUCCUCCCCCCCUCCCCUUAGCGGCGAAGUGAUCUUUCAACCCAAGCGCAGGGGAACUCCGUCGGGAGCGCACACUUUCUCUGAAGACCGCUACGCGGUUUGCUACCCAUCUGCGAUGUUGAUGGCAGUUGCGAGCUCCUCGCAACAACCUGGCCCCAUAAAUCGCGACUUUUUUUUGUGGGUGGGGGAGGAAGGUGGGUCGGAUCGGCAGCUGGUGUCCGCCGUUGUUUUGAUUGCGCGUGAUUACAGUGCCACCAAAUUACACUCCGCGGAGCCCCUUUGCCGGUGCUACUGAUGCCUCCUCCUGUGGGACUCUACUUUCAGUUGAAAAACAACUCUACUCCUGUACCCUUUGCUUUCUUAGUUUCCAUUCUCUGCUCUUCUGCCCUCCCUUUCUUAAGACUCAAGAACGCAGGGGCUUCAUUGCCCUGUAGCUGAGGAUGCACCUGAACCCAUAAAUCCUAAAUGAGGGAUGCACACUACAGUUGGCUGCAGUGGAAAGGAGAAGGAGGCCUUAAUAAAUUUGAGUCAAGUUGGGGAAAUGCUCUUACAGUCAAUGAGGGGCUUGUGCAGGAAGGACAGUUUGGGAAUUGACUCCAUUUAGAUGCAUUUCUGUGCAUGAAACUGUGGAAUCAUCUUACCUAAUGAAAAAGAAAGAGGAGUCCAGAACUUAGACUUUUACAGUUUCUCUCUUGCAGGGACAGGCAGUUAAUCCGCUCUUUAAAAGCAGCUCUAUUACUAGGCCUCUCCUAGGCCGGAGUGAUGUCUAUUUAAUGGUCUCACGUGGGUUUCGUGGAAUGAUUAUAUCUGCUUUGGAGAGAAAUUUGCUGUCAUAAAAAGCGUGUAAGAGUCUGUAACAUUUAGGAUUCAUAGCUUUGCCUCUACCUUUAUCCACUUGGAAGUAAAACUCUGAUAUAAAACUCUUUACUGAUAAGACUGUGGCGCUAGGUUGGUCCUGUUACUUCUGCCUCUUUCUCUGGACUUACUACUGCUGGGAGGGAGGCAGAGGUUACCGUGGCAAACAUUUCAGUAAAAUAGAAUGUAAGGUGCACAACUUUAACAUUCAUGUAAGAACUGAUACAUUCUGUCCACUGACUUAUAGUAAUAGCUGUUACUGUUAUGCAUCAGGCUAAGCUAUUUGUACUGCACAUGCUGGUGAGAACAACGCUAAGCUUUUUAAAAAAUACAGUAUAUCUUAGUUCAACACAGUACCUCUCAUAGAUGGAAGCUUUUAAAAAUCCCAUUUUCCUGUAACAAAAAUACACAUUUACCGGUAAUAUUUGAGCAACAUGCAGUUACAGAAUAUGGACAUCACCCAAGUUGGUUAGGCUUGGCAUCUUAGAGUAAUGUCACAUGAGCACACCAAAUGUGUAGUGUGGUGUCGUGGUUAGUGUCUGACUGGAUGUGGCAAACCAGGGUUCUAAUCCCCAUUCAGCAGUGAAGCUCACUGGGGUGACUUUGGGCCAGUCACUGUCUCUGUCUAACCUACCUGUCAGGGCUGUUGUGAGGAUAAAAUGAGAAGGGGAGGUCAUGUACAGCACACUGAGCUCCUUGGAGGAAUAGGUGGUAUAGAAAUGUAACCAGUAAAUAAACUUUGUUUCACUAAACACAGAUGUACACUGGCCACAAAAAGCAGGGCACUCAGUUCCCUGUUAUAUUCACACACAGUGCAGUAGACACCUGUAGCUUUGUGUUAACAUUAAUUUAUGAUACACACGAAGAGACUGUAAAACUUCAAACCACAUUACAGUACAUGGAAAUUGUCCAAAUGUCUUUAAAGGGAAUUUGUCUCUGGAUACUGUGUUUAGUCUGGGGCUUAACAAGAAAAGUUUAGAUUGGUUCUUGAACUCUUUGGGCAGCAAUGAGUCAUCCAUGAGUAGUUUAUAUUUUCAGGAUUGACUAUAGUAGAGGCAGUAACCAGACUAGGAUUCCUGCAAAACUGUUGUCGUAUACCAUGAUAGUUCAAUCAGGUCAGGUGUAGCGCUCUGUGUAGGCCUCAUUCCUAAAUGCAUCUAUAUACAUCAUGUGAUCAUACAUAAAAGUCAUUUCACAUGUGUGUUACAGCUCUUCCUAGAUUGUGUCAUUUCACACUGGAAGUGUAGGAAUCACAUGUUUCCUCUUGUGUUUCCCCCCCAAAGCCAAAACAAAACAUUUUAAUGUUGAGAAUGACUUUAAACUUUUCCUUUCCACAGCAAGUACAGGAAUGUGUUUUAUUUUGGUUGUGGGUAUGCCGUGCUUUUCCCUCUCCCAUUUGGUGAAAAGACUUGUAGCACAGGAAGGGCUGGAUUAAAUAUUAUCCCUGCCGAAUAGUGUUAUUCCUGUAUGCUCAUGUCUCAAUUAGGACCCAUGGACAGCAGAGGCAUAAGAGGCAGUUAAGAAGUGAGGUGACAGCAUUGUUGAAAUCUUAGCUUGAAUGCUAGAAAGCUGUCAACUCCUUCACCUACAGGAAGGGCUGCACUAUCUGUAAUCUGUGCACAUUUGGGUUGUCACUUAAAAGGUAAAGGUACCCCUGACCGUUUGGUCCAGUCAUGGACGACUCUGGGGUUGCGGCGCUCAUCUCACUCUAUAGGCCGAGGGAGCUGGCGUUUGUUCUCAGACAGCUUCUGGGUCAUGUGGCCAGCAUGACUAAGCCACUUCUGGCGAACCAGAGCAGCGCACGGAAAUGCCAUUUACCUUCCCGCUGGAGCGGUACCUUUUUAUCUACUUGCACUUUGAUGUGCUUUUGAACUGCUAGGUGGGCAGGAGCUGGGACCGAGCAACGGGAGCUCACCCCAUCGCGGGGAUUCGAACCGCCGAUCUUCCGAUCGGCAAGCCCAAGGCUCUGUGGUUUAGGCCACAGCACCACCCGCGUCCCGGGUUGUAUCUAACUGGGGUGUAAAUAUGCCUUCAGAUAGGGAACAGAUUUAACUAUUGCACCUAUGCGAAGUAUGUGUGAAUUUUAUGAAGAGAGUUUAGAAUAAAAAUAAGAGUUCAGACUCAGUUUCUCCUAUUUAAGGAAUUAAUCCACUUUCAGAGUAGUGUUUACCUUGAGACUUCUUGUAAUUCAGAUUGAACGAUAGGCGUAUAAUCUUAUUUCUCAGUACUUCUGUGACCUGGUUCACAGACAUCACAUUAAGCCACAGUUAAAAUAAACUAUGGUUUAUGGUGAAUAAGCAGUAGUUUGUUUGGGGGAAAACAAACUAUGAGUCUGGGUUUUAAAGCAAGCCAAACCAUGGCUUGUGUCCUGGCACGGAUGGGAGAGGAGUGAAGAGCCUGUGAUUUCAGCAAUGCUGUUUCACAUUAUGUGUGAACCAGGCCUUAGACAACAACAGAGGGAUGCUGUUCAGUGGAUAUAAAGCGGCUCCUGCUUCAGCCUGAAGUGAAAUGGAGAGGGCAGUUCAUUUCAAUUUCAGGCUUUCCUGAUGGAUUAAUUAGUGUACUAAAAGGUGAAAAAGAAUUGAAUUUAUUCUCAUUGAUUCUGUGUAUUUGUGUGUUGGGUGACACUAUGUUUAUGUGACAGAACAACUUCAGGAGUGGGAAUGACUCUGAAGCUUACACUGGAUUUCUCUACAGGGCAAACCUUGCUUAAAAAUGAGAUGAGCUGGGUAAACAAAGGUACCUAACUUAGUAACUGAUCCAUAAUACUUCCUUUCAAAUUGCAGUGUGGAAUUAUCUUCUUUUAUUAUUAUUAUUAAUCCUUAGCAAAAAAAUUGUUUGAAUAGUUCUACUACAUUGAAUAGUUCUACUACAUGUGGAGGACAUGCUGAAGAGAGGAUGUAGAACGUAUUUUUACAAGAAAAUGAAAAUUAAUCUAUUUUCCAUAGGAAGGUACCAGUUUUAUUCAAUAUUAGGGGGGGAAACAAGUUUUUUUAAUCAAAAGGUAGAACCUUACCAAGUUUUGAAUGUGAAAGCUUUAUGACAGAUAUAGGCCCAGUUCACAUGGCUUAGUGCGAAUGAGCAAACACCCGGUCCUCAUAGAGGAGAUUGCAGCCACUUUGUAGUGUUGCACUGCACUAAGCAAUGGUUAAACUUAGUGUGUUGUCUGCUGCGCUCCAGGCAAACCAUAGUCAAGGUUUGCAGCUUGUGGUUUGUCUGGGAGGGCCAAAUUCCAAUUCUGGGCCAACACUAGGCCAAAACUGUGGCUCAGUGCAGCUGUGAAACAAUCAGGGGAGAGGAAGAAAGCAGCCAUAAUCUCUCCUGGAGACUGCGCAUUUGCUUAUUUGUACUACGUCAUGUUUUGGCUUCAGGAAUGAUGACAUGGAAAGAGUUUGGUUUUAUUCUGAAAUUGAUUUCUCCAUUGGUUUAAAAAUAAACGUGUGCUAAACUGUUGCUAUUGUUAAUUCCUUGCAUUUUCAUAGCUUGUUCAGUUUGAAAUUGCAGCUCUUUAGACUAUCAUAAUACUUGUCUGCAUCAGAAAAGUAGUGCUGUUGCUGGCUAUUAUUCAGCAGCUUCAUGGCAGAUCUGGGAAUAAAAACGAAACUCUUUAUUUUAAUCCUCAAAUAAGACUUUUAAAAUGAAUUGAGCUAAACAGAUCUAUUUCUUCCAGGUGGCUUGAGAGGCGCACAGUGAUGAUUAUUUAUUACAAAUAUCUACUAUGAUAAUCCACUGUAAUGAAUAAUUUGCAUUGCCUCAGAGUAGAACUCCAGCUCAUGAAGGACAAAGAAAAAUAAAAUUCAGGAAACUGUACUUUCAUUGUAUGUACUUGAAUGCUAGGAAGCUCCCGUAUGCUAUGACCUUGCUACAGAAUGGACAUAAAAGAUAGAAAUCUUCAUGAUUAUUCAGUCUUCUAGUCAAUAUAAAAAUGCUGUUAUUCCAAUCCUUGGGUAUUGACAGUGCAUUUACCAGUACUUCCAUGGGAGAAAGUUGAAGCUGCUUCAUGUGUUUUUUCCCCUGUCAGAGGAGAAAGGGGAUGUAUUGUGAUAGCAUAAAAGUCUGCAGGGUCCUUGAAUAAUGUUUACUACAGCAUGUACCGACUCCCUGGGGUCUUUCAGGCAAUUACACUAGCGCAAAGUCCCUUGUCUGAAUGUAACUGUUUCUUUGCCCAAGCUCUCUUCGUUUUUUUCACUUUGCCUCCAGGGAGUUUUUCCCCCUUUACAAUGGGAACCUCACCUGUGCAGGAACAGGUCAAAAGGCAUUCAGUGAAGAUAGCCGUACAUAAUCUUAUGUAUACCGACUUGUUGAAUAGUGUGCAGCUUCAUCAUUAAAGCAGUUAUCAUUGGCUUAAGGGUGUCUUUUUCUGACUUGAGAGAGAACUGGAGGUUUUUAGCGGCUCUGCCAUUUCUUUCAGAAAUAUGUUUCUACUUCAGUAUUCUGUACCUAAAGUUUUGACAAAGAUCAAUGGCUAGAAGAACACACGGUAGCUUCUGUAAUAUGUGCAUUCCAGACUUCUGACUCGCAGUGUAGGAGCAAGCUGAUCUUUCUUUAUGGAUGAUAAAUUGUAGGGGGAAGUUUAGUGUUGUCUUCCAUGAAAUUAAAUUAUGUGAACAAUUAAAGAGAAUAUUUUGUGCCAGCCCUAAAAGCAUAGGAGGUGUUCAGGUAUUGUGCAGAUGAGAAAUGAUGGCUCAGGUUGCCCAAUAAAUGAAAGCAAGUGUCUGAUAAGAACCAGGAUUGUCCAUUAGAUGGCUUUUUAAACUUGGACCUGGCUGUACGCAUUUAGAUCUCUGCAAGAUGUGCUUAUGUAGUGAAUGGGAAGAAUAAAAAAAUCAUAGAAUUGUUGACUUGGAAGGGGUCCCAAAAGUCAUCUUGUCCAACCCCCUGCAAUGCAGGAAUCUUUUGCACAAAAUGGGGCUCAAACGCACAACGACCCCGAGAUUAAGCGUUUUAUGCUCUACCUGCGGAGCUAUGGGCAUGCUAGGUGAGUUUGAACCAGUCACCCAUCUUUCAGCCUCAAUUUGUUAAGCAUAAAAAAGCUCAUAUAUUUUUGUUGUAGGAAUGAAAAAUAGUAGCUACAACUCUGUACUUCUAGGAGAAAAGGAGUGCUGUAGGACCUUAAUUAGAUAGGUCCAGGAAUGGGAUGCAGGGCUUAGUCGGAAUUAAACUUGGCUCAAAUUAAGAGUGGAUUUGUACUUUAUAAGUACAUAACUUGUUAUUUUUCAAAGUCAGAAGAGACAUAUAAUCCAUGCACACACACAGAAUGUUAAGAGAGAAUAUGAUUUUAAUACAGUACUAGGGUUCCUUUUCCUCUGUUAACUAAACUGUUCAAUAGAAUUAGCAAUAGUCAAUGCAAGUAAUCCCUGCUGGGCGAUUGGCACUUCAUUCUGAUUAGACUGUUAAACUAUAGUUCUGCACCCACUUAUUUUUGUAGAAAUCUCUCAUUUCAGUGGCUUUGUAGGCCUACUACUGGGUACCGUAUUAUAUUUACUACACACUGCUGCUUAACUUCUGUUAGUUUCAAUGGAGCUUACAAACCCUCCCCCCCAUUGAACUGAAUGGAGGCUGAACGGCUGCAGUAUCUGGUGGAUUGAUUCCUUGAUUGUUAAUGGUUGGCACUAGAGUCCUGAAUUAAUCUUGGCAGUUUAUUGUGGUGAAAUGGAUCAUUGCUAUUCCUUUGCAUUCUAGGCCACCCUUGAUAAGAUCUUUCUGGUUUAGAAGAUUAAUAGUUUGUCCUUGUUCACUUAAUCAGUUUUCAUUUAUUUGCUGUUUAUUCUUUAGGACACUCCUUUUCCUUUAUGGAGCUGAAUAAACCAUUUUUCAUUAGCGAAAUCGGUUAUAAGGAAUUCCCAUUAUAGCAAAUAGCUGAAACUGAUAGUAUCUCAAAAUGAUGUGGCUAUUAAAAAUGCUUUGAUAUUUUCUUUGUGUUUUGGUGAUGAAAGAUAGAGGAGAUGAAUUCUUGAUGAUCUAAUGAAACACUAUAUGCAGUGCUGGGCAAGCCUUAACGAGUAUUUUGGUAAAUUUGAAGUGAUGCUGCUCAGAUCCUUCCAGGAUGGAUUUUUCAGGAUCCAGAAAAUUUAUAGCAAAUAAAUACAGCUGUUCCUGAAUAGUUGAACUUAGUUUUUUUUGAUAAUCCUUUGCUUCGUCUCCCUGUGUGUAUCCCCAAGGCAGAUAAUGGGGUUGUCUGAUCUGGGUACGUGCAGUGAAUUGAGCACUCAGGGCCCAAACUACAUGUUAAUGUUAGCCUAGUUCCCCCCAGAUGCUUUGGGCUCAAGUUCCUCUCAGUUCCCUUUUGUGUGCUUCAUACUGGGAAUGUUUUUUUCUGGCAGAAGUCAGCAAUUGCAGGUACAGUGGUACCUCAGGUUAAGUAUUUAAUUCGUUCCAGAGGUCCAUACUUAACCUGAAACUGUUCUUAAUCUGAAGCACCACUUUACCUAAUGGGGCCUCCUGCUGCUGCUGCACUGCCGAAGCACGAUUUCUGUUCUCAUCCUGAAGCAAAGUUCUUAACCUGAAGCACUAUUUCUGGGUUAGCAGAGUCUGUAACCUGAAGCGUAUGUAACCUGAAGCAUAUGUAACCCGAGGCACCACUGUAGUGGUAUGGUUUGUAUUGGGACCUGUAGCAUUGGGAUCUAUAGCCAGUGUUAGAAACUCAGGUAUAUAAGCUAGGCGCCAAGUGGCACCUUAAACCUAGAUUACGGUCACCACAACAGAAUGUCUGUUUGCCAGGGGGUUGGACUAGAUGGCCCUCGGAGUCCCUUCCAACACUACGAUUCUGUGAUCUCAACUACAUUGCCUGACUAUAGCUUCCUCUUACAACAAUUCCCUUAUCCCAGUAUGCAAGAAGGAGAAACACACACAGAGGAAAUGGAAACGGUAUUAACUAUGGACUAAGGCAGUGAUUUUUAAACUCUGGUCGCCAAUCUGGUCCCCAGAAAUCUCUGCGUAGUCACAGUUGGACCUGCGAUAGUAGCAAAAGGCACCCGGCACCUGGCUAGUUUUGAACACUGGCUAUAGCAACUUUGUGGGGGAAGUGAUCUUCAGUGGAGAAAAGGGCAUGGAAAGGGCCAUAGUUUAGUGGUUCAUUGCCCAUGUGGACAAUUCAAAUCUGGAUUGACCAAUAGUCUGAUUCGGUAUAAGGAAACUUCCUGUGUUUGUUCCUAAAAUUUUAGCUCUGUUUCCUGUGCUGAUGCAUAUUGCUCCCCUGCCCCCUGUAGCUAUUGUUUUUAUCAAGGAAGAACAUGCCCAGUACUAUUUAUUUUCUUAUAUUUAUAUCUUGGCUUUCUUCCAUCAUAGAACCCAAGGCAGUGAACAUGUGGUUUUCCACUGGUCACUCAUCCACACACUGACCAGACUCACUUACCUUCAGCAAGGCUGUGGUCUCCUGUGCCUCCCUCAGACCAUACCCUGAGACCAGCAUGCAAUUUAACCCUUACAAUGCCUUUCAUAAGUGGUGAUGCACACACUUUCUUUAGUAUCUCCAUUUCAUGUUAAGCUGUUGGGACAUGUUGUUGUCUUUUUUUUAAAAAAAACAUCCUAUCAGGCCUACUUUAUGUUCAAACUUAUAAGACGACCGAGUACUUUCAGUACACUGAUCAUCUCUACGAACUCAUUCAUUGUUGUGCAACUAACAGUAUAGUGGUACCUCGGGUUACAUACACUUCAGGUUACAUAUGCUUCAGGUUACAGACUCAGCUAACCCAGAAAUAGUAGCUCGGGUUAAGAACUUUGCUUCAGGAUGAGAACAGAAAUCGUGCUCCAGCAGCGCGGCAGCAGCGGGAGGCCCCAUUAGCUAAAGUGGUGCUUCAGGUUAAGAACAGUUUCAGGUUAAGAAUGGACCUCCAGAACGAAUUAAGUGCUUAUCCCGAGGUACCACUGUAUUUUAAAUACGGACAUCAAAGAGGAUAUGUUCUUGUUGCCUGAUGGGAAAUUAUGGUUACUGCAAAAAGUAGCAACAAAACUGAAUGUUUACGUGUAGAAUAUCACAUCGUGCAAACAACUCCUGAGGAGGUCAGUAGCACAACUUGAUACACAGACCAGCUGCUGCAUUUGGAUUUCUACUGCAGUAGCAAAAUAACGAAGAUUUAGAGUAUUGUAUUCAAAGUACAGUACUCCAAUUUAGCUUGUUUGAGGAGUACAGCUUUGGUAGGCAUUUAGAAGAAUAGAAAUGAACUACACAAACUGUCUACAGAUCACUCGGCGUUUAACUGAAGAAGUGGUUCUGCAGUUAAUAGUACUUUUAAACUGAAAUAUUUAUUACAUAUUGUAUUUCAAUAAAUUUGCACGAAAACUCUGCGUCAUAGUGUAGUAUAAAGACAUAAAAGCUUAAUAUAACCCUUAAGUAUAUAUAAAUGAGUGGCCAUCUAAGUGUUUACUAGGGUUUACUUUGCUGAGCUUCAGCUGUUACUGCAUGGCAACAUCACAUAAAUCUCAGUAGAAAAAAAAAUCAUCAUCGUAGAAGCAUUCCCUUUAGAGUUUGGUAUAUAAUAAUACAUUACCAAGAAGGUUAAAUAUAAUUGCCUAGCAAAUAAUGGAGCAAGUGAUAGUGAAUAAAUAACUUCUUGCUUGCAUUCACUGUCCAACUGGACAAGGGGAGUGGGGUGUCACUAAAUGCUGUUACUAUAUGUUGUCCUGAUCUCAUAAUGAGUAAUUUGUACUAAAGUGGGGAGAGGGAGCUGGGUUGGGACAUAGUAAACCCACACAGGCUUCCUGAUCCCCUGGAACAGUGAGGUGUUCUGCAUGUCUGUCAGCACCCAGAAGGAGAAGUGGGCUUUGUUAAUCCCUACUGUGAGCCUUUUGUGUGAGGGUAUCUGGUCCAUGCACAGAUGGAACAUGCCCUUGUUUGCAACUAAACAGGGCCUUCUGCAGUUUUGCUACCUUGGAGACAAUCUAAAACCUUGGACCGUGUAGCCCACAUGCCUGUUGCAUUGCAGAGUUUUUAUCUGCAUAGAUUUGAAGGGCAAUCGCAAAACAGAUUAGACAUUUUUGAGGGUCUUUUUUGUGCAGAUGCCAUGACACCAAACAAACUCUCUAAAGAUGUAAAACUAGGAUUCAGAGAAUUAUGAAACUAGUUCUGGGAACUGAAGGGUACAGGGUUAGGGUGUUGCUGUUUUUAUUAGUAGCUCUCAUACCACAUCAAAAACUUGUCUCUUAAAACUCUGAGGGGAAUUCUCAGAGCAGGUUGUGCUAUGACAUGGCAUUCUGCUGAGAGGAGAAGAAAAAUCCACUGGGCUAAUGGAAGACAAUUAUGUUAGUCUAGGACUGCAAUUUCACUUGUCUGACAGUAAGCACCAUGGAACUCAAGUGUAUACAUGUAAAAAGAUGGUGCUGUAAAUACAGCUCUUGGAUCCAGGCCUACUUGUUGUUCAGAACUUGCAGGUAUAGGCGCUAGGAAUUACAGGGCAGUGCAAUGUUUCUCUGAGAUGGAAAGUUAAUGUACAAUCUUUUUGGUUAGUCAUAAGUAUCCAUACUUCUCAACAACAAUAAAUACAUUGGGUCAUACCUUUAAUGUUUGACUUCAAUAGUUGGUUAUAUUAUCCUGUUGUCUUAUAUAGAAAGUAGGCUAAAACUUAAUGUAGUUUUGAUAAAUUCAUAGUUUCAUUCUGAGAUACGUUAAAUUCAAAUUUAAUUUUAAAGCAUUUUAAAAAUUAAUAUAAUGACUUUUAAAAUUAUAUAAAUGGCUUUGGAUUUGGGUUAUCUUGGAAGAAAAAAAAUUGUCUGGGAUCUACAGCAGUGUGUACACAUAAUGAAUUUUCAGCUGCUCCCUUUAUGCUGUUCCCCCCUCCUCCGUGUGUGUGUGUGUGUGUGUGUGUGUGUGUAGGUAGCGGCUAGAAAAAAACAGCAGUUUCCUAACAUGCAUACACGCUUAUCUGGAUCUUAGUGUAUGCAUCUAUAUCAGCACAAGCAGAGUACACUCUGUGCCUAGACAUUUCAGAAAAGGGAAUGUGCCAUAAGCUGAUGUGUUGCCUGUUUUUCUUCCUCCUCCCCAUUUGUGUACAGAUUCCUUCCUCCACAUCCUGGUUCACACUAACCACAGCCUGCUCCGUCUGGCAUCUGAAUUGGGCAAACCAGAAUCGGAAGUUCACUUUAAAUAAUUGUAUUGAAUGGUAACCACAGUAGGUAUCCACAAGGAGAGGAGGGAGCUUUUAAGCAUAUUCCCAACUUUGCUUUGACUUCACUGAUACCUGGACUGGGACAAAGUGUACCACCUUUUAAGUGAAUACUCAUAGGUUUUAGAGUGUGAGCCACGCGGGACUUGAUGCCACUCAGUUGUGACUGCGGAGCUUGGAUGUGUCAACCAUGCAGUCUAAUCCCAUUGUGUUUAUGUAAUUCCCUGAGUAGCAUAUCUGCUGGUAAAAAAAAGGUUGUCACUAUCGAUAUUCUGCUAGCCAAAGGGCACUUCGGUGGUAGUCCAUGUCUCGUGUUCCUCGACUUAAUAAUGCACUGGGCGGCUGUUUGUGGUAGUGACUAAGGUCUUAAACUGGGACUCCUCAGAAUUCAACACAGUUAACCAGUUACUGACACCCACUGUUGAAUAAUUUGUUAAAAAUUAAACAGUGAAAAUGGGCAACACUGCCUGCUGCAGGAAGGCAGUGGGGUUGGCAAAGUUGUGUUGUUACUCACAGGUGCUUUUUAUUGCCACUCAAGCAGAGAUGUGGUGUUGUCUGAAUUACAUAUUUGAAUACACUUAUCUAAGCAAUUCAGAUUAGGUAUUGAACUGAUUGCUUUUUAAACCCUUAUAUAAACUAUAUAUAUUUGAUACCCAGGUGCUUCUACCAAUCGGCUUGCACUGGAGUAAAUUUUGUGACAAUUAGGAUUUGUUUUGCUUCCUCCUUUGCUUUCGUUUUGCCGCCUAUUUUGCUCUUGUUUUCAGUCUUUGUAAACAUUUUAUCAUUUUAGCUCCAUAGCUGCCUGAAAGAUUCAAAUAGAGGAGGACAAGGACAUAUUUGUGGACGGCAAAGUACAUUUUUUGAUAUUUACGAUAGUGUUGGGGUAUAGUAGCUUUGGACUAAAUAGACACAUACAUUCUAUUCAGUAUAACAGUGAUGGAGAGUACUAAUUUGUGUCUCAUAGUUAUUUUUGGCAGCAGGUUUAAUGUACUUUGAAUGAGAUGAGCCAUGCUGAUGGUCUAAUUGUAUCGAAAAGUAUGCAUGUAGGAUGGAAUAGGGAACCUUCUUCUCAUAGGGCCCAUGCAUGUAUGCUGUAAAUACAGUGGUACCUCGGGUUACAUAUGCUUCAGGUUACACACUCCGCUAACCCAGAAAUAUUGCUUCAGGUUAAGAACUUUGCUUCAGGAUGAGAACAGAAAUUGUUCUCUGGCGGUGUGGCAGCAGCAGGAGGCCCCAUUAGCUAAAGUGGUGCUUCAGGUUAAGAACAGUUUCAGGUUAAGAACAGACCUCUGGAACGAAUUAAGUACUUAACCCGAGGUACCACUGUAUGCAGUAUGUACCCUGGACAAGUGAAAAAGAUCAUACAUUGAGAUUGUUGCAGCUGGAUUUAGGAUCACCUCUAGGCUGUGUGACUGAUCCUUAUGGGAUAGAUUAGCCCUAUCCAGAAUAGAGGUGGCAGGUUUUAAGGCAUUUUUUUCUGGUUGCUUACUUUUAUGUGGUUGAUUUGUCUGUAUUGUAAUCUCUGAGUGCUCUAAAAAAAUUUUUUAUUUUAAAUAACUAUUCUAAUGGAAGAAAUUCCUUCACUAAUAUAUACCAUACAAUUAAUCACUUUUACAGAGGAAACUUUUGAUUCUGUCCAUAUUUUAGGUAUUGUAGCAUUGUGCUAUUUUCAUAGGGUAAAAAAGGGACCUAGAUUUAGUCUACAAAUCCACAUAAUAUCCUAUUACCAUAAAAUUUAUGGUUAGACCGGCAGAUGCAUUUAUGGGUGCUUUUGCACUAGCAAUGAAAUGGGAAGUAUUUUUAAGCUACGGUGUUUAAAAUGCUCCAGUGAGUAAUUUUUACUGCAGGACUCAUGUGAACAGACCCAAAGUAGGGGUGUGUCCUCUAGUAAAUGCCACAGGAAGUCCAGCAGUUGCUAACAUAAAUAUAGCUUUAGGCUGCUGUUGUACCUUAAAUUGGGUACAUAUGAAUGCAUGCUGGGGUGUUUUACAUCUUGUUACACAUACACAGUGAUUGCAUUGGAAGAAAAUAUAGUGCUUAAACUCUGCUUAAAUUAAGGGCUUUGAUGGGUUUGCCAUGAAGCAUUGGUUAUUAAAGGUAAAUGUCGCUGAUUAGAUAUUAGAGAGCACCUUUUAGGUUCAGAAAGCUGGGACACUCAAAAAAUGUAGUCACACGCACCCUGGUUUAUUAGCUUAAUCAUCAUAAAAAGCAGUGAUUUAAUCACUAGACAUAAUUAAUCAGCCAAAUUAAAAAGACAGGUAGAACUAAAUAGAUGAUUGCAAAUUACUGCUUUUCCCACACAGUUCAUCUUGCUGUUCUCCAAAAUCUUUUUGGACUUUUGACCAUGCUCAAAAUGGCUGUAAAUACAAACUCUCCAUGAGGAGAGAGAAGUCAUCUGGUAGUUGCCAUGUAAAAAAUAAUAACGAGCGUUUAUUGAUUGAUUGAUUGAUUGAUUGAGGUGAUCUAAAGUGUCAACACCAACAUUUGCUAUAUUUUAUAGAUAAGACUACAGGAAAGUCAAUCACUUGUUUUUCAGGCUAAUUGGCAACCUGGGAGCAAGGAAUCAUUUUUGCCCACACCCCAAACAUUUGGGGUAAAGAUGCAACACAAAUGUAUUGGCUUCUGUGCAACAGUGAAGGCGUAGAAUAUUUUGUGAGGUGUAUAAAUCAUUAACAGGCUACAGAUUAAAUUAAGUACAGUAUGCUUAUUAUGAAACCUGCCCUCUUAUACUUGUUCGAAUAGUAGUACAGACGUACCCCGUGUUGCGUUCCGCUCUUGUUACGGACUUUCAGCUUAUGAAAGUGGCAAACCUGGAAGUGUUUACUUUUGGGUUCAGUGCAUGUGCAGAAGCAAUCUGCUUGCUUCGCGCACGCGCAGAAGUGCUCGAUCGCACCACACACAUGCGCAGAAGAGGCACUCUAGUUGUGGACUUUUCGGGGUGCGAAUGGCACCCCGAAAUGGAUUAUGUCCACAACUAGAGGUACCACUUGUGGUAAUUAUGAGAAGGUGGUUUAAAUAAGUAGUUCGGUAAUACGAGAAAGGAGAUUCUCACUAAAUACCUGGAAUAACUUUCUGACAGCAAGAGCUGUUUAACAGUGGAACAGAUUCCCACGAGAGGUGGUGGACUCUCCUUCCUUGGAGGUUUUUAAGCAGAGGUUGGAUGACUAUCUGUCAUGUAUUAUCUAGUUGAGAUUCCUGCAUUGCAGGGGGUUGGACUAGAUGGUCCUCAGGGUCCCUUCCAACUCUGAUUCUAUAGUGGGAAUGGGAUAAACCAGGUGUGCCAAAGGCAAAUAUGUUUGAGAGCAAAAUUCCUCAGAUUGUGGAUGCUUGGGGGUCGAGACCCAUGAUGUUUCCAGAUGAAAAAAAAUAUCACUUUUACUGCUUGGAUUGCUACAUACCAUUAUUCACUUGCCACAUGGCUGGACUUUUACCACUGAAGGUGGAGAUGGGAUUCUGUAGCAUGCAGUAGUAGUCAUUAAUGUUCCUGCUCCUUUUUGUCCUAACAAAGGCACCAUUUUCAUUGGCCUGAAGGUUUGUCAAUUUUUGAGGAAUGGUAGGGGUACUGUGGACUUUAUUUGGGAAUCCUAAAGGACCCAGUGAGGCCUCAGGGCCUUACGUUUGACAUCCCUGUUCAGAAGAGAUAGAACAUUGUGUUUUGUGGAGUUGCGAGGAUUCUAACUUCUGUUCAGUCCUAAAAAGACUUACCUUGAGAAACUGUGGCAAGCAAGAUCUCCCACACUACUAAUCACCAAAGUACUCAAAGCUACCAAACGUUCCCUUUCAGCUUCCAAUGAAAAACAUAUUGCAGGAAAUUACCAAGGAAACAACUCCACCUGUACACAAUUCUAAUAAUCAGUAAGCAUCUUCAGAAAGCCCAACCAGAUAGUGGCAUCGCCCCUCCUCUUCCCAGCUAAACUGUACUCGCUGCCUCCGAAACUGCAUGCUUUGAUUUAAUGAUCAAAUUUUAUUGAUUUACAAAAUGAAAAGAAUUUUAGGAGAAAGCAAGCAGCAAUCCAUGUGACUGAAUUACAAAAGGGGGGAGGAAUCUUGUGGUGCCUCCCAAUGGUAUGAGCAAAGACAUGUCAGUAGCAGCUAGAACUUCUGGGAAAGCGGAGGUGAUGGUCCCAAAUGAACUGGGAUCUCAUGUUCCUAAUGGCCGUGGCCUGAUGAUAGCCCUGCUCUUCACACUUGGAGGAGGAUUACACUGCUUUCCAGUCUAUGGACCCUGCAUCCCUCCCCUCAUCUAGGUAGCUCUAGACACUGCUCCAGUUGGAUGCCAUCUAGCAGAUGUUUUGGAGGGUACAGCAAACCAAAGAUGACAUCAGCAACAAGGUCUUCCUCUAUGACUAGCAAGUUGUAAAUGGGUCUCCACUCCUCCAGAAUAGCCCUGCUCUACUAUGAUGGUAUUUGAAGUUCCCGUCAAUGCCAGUUCUUGGAGACUUUUAGGGAGGCAACAGCCACGAUUACAAAGCAAAUGCCUGGUCUACAUGGAUAAGAGAACACACAGGAACUUUAUUGUGUAAUGCCACCAACCUAGAGAAGAUGAUGCCCAUCUCAAGCUUAUCUGCAAUGGUGGAGAAUGUCCAAGAAAUGUCAGUGUUGUGGUUUCUCCCAGAAACACUAAAGUAUGCAUCCACGAAUUAUCAUUUGUUUUCCAGCAUUGCCUGCGGGACCAUGCUAUAGAAGUACUUGCAUUUGUAGUAUUCCACACACACUUCCCAGACCAAAAUGCUAAAGUGGGAUGAAUCCAAGGCUGCCUCUACCCCACCCAUGCCCUUUCCCGUGAAGCCAAUCUCAUGGAAGGAUAGGGGUAUUUUUGUUGCUGUUCUUCAUUCCCCACAUUUAUCACUUCUGUGGGGGACAGUUUCUUCAGUAUACAGAGGGUGCUUCUGAAGAUCUCACAAAUCAUGGAUAAAUCCAGAAGGUAAAGCUGAGAAGCACGUAACCCACAUUAAAGACCAGUUUGUAGAAUGUCAGCACCCGUCUCUUCUUCCAAGCACUGCUUGGUGUCCAGCCUUUCGAGGACUGGAGUGGUAUCUUUAUUCAUUCCACAAAGUCAUCUUUAAUUUCUCCAGCUUCACCAAUUCUCCCUCAUUGAUUUCUGUGUCCUCUCCAUGCAGGCCAUUACGACAGGUACCACCGCUCACUCUUGGGGAAUGUUCCCUUGCCUAACCAUAGGCUGCCUUCUCCCUGGUGUUUUGCAUAACUCUUUAUCUCCUUUAUUCGUACCCCCUUCAGUUAAGUAACUAUAUUCCCAUCCAGAGUUGAGGUGUGCAGCUUCUAGCGUGCACAUCCUAGAAACACCAGGUCACUAAGAUCAAGGAUUGUUUCUGGGUUUAUAACAGUCAAACUGAGACUUCAGGGCACAUGUGGAUUGUACAUUAGGUGUUUGCACCGGGGGUUUUGAGUUAAAUGGAAGCUGCAAGUUGGAAAUUGCAGGCAAAGGUUUUAUGGGCAGUGUUGAGUGCUGAUUGAAAACUCAUUUGAGUUUUUCACCCCCUUAAAAGUAUUUUGGCACUGUUAGUACCAAGUUAUUAAACCUUGCUACUUUUACCUAUGAAUGCUUUCAGGGUUUUUUACAACAGUUAUGAAUCUCGUGAAUUAAAUUGUAUGUGAAUUCAAUUGUAUGUGAAUUCGUAUAAGUUAAAUUAGAGUAUCAUGGUACCCAAUUCCUUUAACUCCUCUGCUUCCUUCUUCAUCCCAUUCUAGAUGUUACUAGGGACUCACUAGGCUGUGGUCACUUUAAAUUUUCCUUUAUUUGUAGCAGCUGCAAAGCUGUCUGCCUUUGAGGGGAGGAGUUGUACUAGUGGAAGAGUAGGGUGAGAAAAGAAGCCUGUUACCAGGCAGAGUUAGGACCUAGUUCUUUGGGCAAUAAGCCAGCAAGAGCCACUUAUCCUUGGGAGAAGAUUCCUUUUUGUUCCACUCUUGAUGCAUGACUCUGCAAUCUGCCCAAUGUCUGGAACAGGCAUACAAACCAUACUUAGCAAACAGUGCUGGGUUCAAAUGUAACGGGAUGCCAUAGUUUGAGAAAGUCAGGUUUCAUAAAUUUGUUGUUGUUGUUGUUUAGUCGUUUAGUCUUGUCCGACUCUUCUUGACUGCAUGGACCAGAGCACACCAGGCACUCCUGUCUUCCACUGCCUCCCGCAGUUUUGUCAAACUCAUGUUGGUAGCUUUGAGAACACUGUCCAACCAUCUCAUCCUCUGUCGUCCCCUUCUCCUUGUGCCCUCCAUCUUUCCCAACAUCAGGGUCUUUUCCAGGGAGUCUUCUCUUCUCAUGAGGUGGCCAAAGUAUUGGAGCCUCAGCUUCACGAUCUGUCCUUCCAGUGAGCACUCAGGGCUGAUUUCCUUCAGAAUGGAUAGGUUUGAUCUUUUUAUAGUCCAUGGGACUCUCAAGAGUCUCCUCCAGCACCAUAAUUCAAAAGCAUCAAUUCUUCAGCAAUCAGCCUUCUUUAUGGUCCAGCUCUCACUUCCAUACAUCACUAGUGGGAAAACCAUAGCUUUAACUAUAUGGACCUUAACAACAAUAAAAGGCUUAAGAUUGUGGUUUAUUGGGAAUAACCAAAACAUGGUUAAGCUACUGGGCUCAGUUUGCGUGGUGAAACAAACCAUGGUUAUGCUAAACAAACCAUGGCUUAGUGUUCCAUUUAAAAGCCUGUGUCUGUUUACAAGGAACAGUCCUUAGCAUUGACCUGCUUUCAUUUCGCAUGCCACAGUCUCAGGCAUUGUCCAGCACUGAGGCAUUGUCCAAUUACUUCAUCUUUCUACACACAGGCCUAUAAUAGAACCCUUGUGUAUCAUGUAAUACUGCCACAAGGCCAGGUUUCUAACUGAUUUUACACAUAUCUAUUGAGAAAUAUGUCCCACUGAGUUCUUGGCUCUAGUUGUAUAGGAUUGCCAAGGAACAGCAGGACACUGGAUGCUCUUAAGGUGAGAUGAGAUGUUCUGUUCUCCAUAAAUUGCCUGGCAUAUUAUGAUGCUCCAGAACAGUGGAUACACAUACAUAAAAACCCAGGACUGAAGAGGGGAGGUCUUAAGAGAAAAAAUGUCUUAUAUUGUCUAGGGAUGUGUCCUAAAUUUCCUUGAGGUAAGUAUCUUAUAAACCAGUGAUUAAAUGUCUUCCAUAACAGUUACUGAUACAAUAAAUGCUUACCUACACAAAUAGAGUUGAUGGGCAUGAAAGAUAUAAUAAAUUGUUUCUGUUUUUUAGUCUCUUGAUAGGUUUCAAACUUGUUUUCUUUUCCCUUGUUUUUUAGUCUCUUGAGAGGUUUCAAACUUGUUUUCUUUUCUCAUUUUUUUUUAAAAAAGGUAUUUAGGUAAUUGGGGAAAAUAAGAGGAGCAGCAUGUUCUAAUGAGUAACAUGAUCAUCAUAUAUACAUUAAUAGCAAACUCAGGUGCUGAAUUACAGUGUCUGUGUAGCCAAAAUGGAGCUGAGAAGCAAGAGAAGAGGUAUCAGUGUGUCCAGGGAAACCACAAAGUUUACAGAAAGUGGCAGAUACCACAGAGGUCUUACUUAUUUGGGUAUGCUUCUUGCUUCUCCCUACCACCACUGCACUGGUGGCUGCCACAGCUCUUGUUAUUUUACAGCUGAUAAGCUGGGGGUAGUUAACAUGGCAUCCUCCAUAUGUUCUGGGGCUCCAGCUCUCUUUGGCCACAGUCGGCAGGGCCAGUGGUUGAGGGUGAUGGGAAUUAUAAUACAACAACAUCUCGAAGGGUAACAUGAUGCACAAGAACUGCCCAAUCCCAUAUUGAAACUGGCAGCCUUAUGUGAGGAGAGUCAGACUAGUUUUAUUCUGAGUAACUUUGUAGGACUGGAAAUGGCCAAGAUAGAACUCGGGAUCCUAGUUUGUGCCCUUGUUUCGGAAUGGGAAGCAUGUACAGUGGUACCUCUGGUUACACACGCUUCUGGUUACGAAGUUGCUCCUGGUUGCACACUUUGCCCCAGGAUGCGAGUGGAAGUCGUGUGCCGGAGGCCCCAUUAGCGAAAGCGCGCCUCAGGAGAAAAACUGUUUCAGCCUAAGAACGGACCUCCGGAAUGAAUUAAGUUCGUAACCAGAGGUACCACUGUAGGCCUAGAAACACAUUUUUUCCAGCCAUCUAAAAAUGUCCUCUUUCUGUUUCAAUUUCCUUUAAUUGUGUUUACUGAGAAAUGAUGAACAUGCUGCUAAAAUUAGAGCUCCAAAGAAUAAUUAUUUGGAGAUGAUUCUUUUGGCACCAGCGCAUGUAAGAGAGAAAGACAAAGAGAGGCUGAUGGUGGGGAAGGGCAGGAGAAGCGGAGGGCAGUCACGAGGGCUACCUCUUCGAAAGGGGCACAGUAUGCUUAACCGCUUUUAUCUUGGUGAAGGGGGCAUCUCCUUUUUUUCUUCAUAGAGUCUCUAAAUCCUCAAGGGAAGUCUUGGGUGAGGGUGGCAAUAACUUUUUUCUAUCCUCCCUAAUUUCAUUGAAAGCGUAUGCAAGCAUAUUUUUUCAAUUACAAAUCUUCACUCUUCCAUUUUUGCUUUUUUUGAGAGAGAGCUUGUUGUCUUGUGUUCUUGAUUUUACAGUUUCACGAGUACAGACAGUCAGUUAACAAAGUGAUAAUUUAGCACCACGAGUAUGUAAAUAGUAGGUAAGUUGGUUUACCUGUAAGGAGAAUUUUAUCAUACCUUCAUACCUAGUCAUCUUGGCAUUUGUAGCAGGAUGUUAACUGUGACUGCCUUCAGUAUACUGUAUUUGCUGUGAUGGUGAGUUACCAAUACUGGAUAGCUCAGUCAGUAAAGCAUAAGAUUCUUAAUCUCAGGGUUGUGGGUUCGAGCCCCACAUUGGGCAAAAAGAUUCCUGCAUUGCAGGUUUUUGGACUAGAUAGUCCUCUCCAGUUCUAGAAAUCUAUGUACUGCGAUUACUGCAGAAGUAGCUUUGUGUUUCCUGUAGUUCUUUUAAAUGAGUCACCUCUAUCAGAAUCGAGUUGGAAGGGAUGCAAUGGGUCACCUAGUUCAACCCCUGCAGGGUAGGAAGAUGAACAAGCCUAGGUAACAGUUUUGAUGGCUAAAGGUAGCAUAGAGCCCUGCAGUCUCACCUGAAAUUGCUAAUUCAUUAAUAUACCAGGGAUUCCUAUUUUAAUGUGCUUAAAAAUAUAUGGGUAUUUUAAAUAGCUGCUGGUGGUUUGGACUUCCACAGUAAAAAAGAAAAGAAAAGCACAUUGCUUGUGAGAACAGAUGUCAGCAGUAAGUGUAGCUGCAAAUGAUCGAAGUUCAAAUGUAAGCUGUGUUACUUUUUAAUCACUGGCUUUGUAUGUGAUGUUAAAUUCUGGCGGAUGAGGAAGCCUCGCCUGUCAUUGUGCCAUUGUUGGUAGAGGAGCUUCUAACACUGCUAUUUCCAUUUGAUCUCUCUUCAUCUGUAAAAAUUGCAUUUUUUGAUGCACUGUUUUCACUCUGUACUUGGGUAUGGAUAUGAGCCUCUCUCCCUGUCACAUGGGUGAGCAUGAAGGUAGAUGUGUCAAAUUUGCUGAGUUGAAAUAUUGGGAUUUUUAAAUUGUAGCUGUCAGUCUUAUAUUUUCUUGCAGUUUGGGUUUCCUUUUUUAUCAUGUAAUUUUAGGUGUUGAAUUGUAAGUCUUCUCAAGUUGUGAGAAGACUCACACAUGUACGUAUUGAUAAGUAGUGAUUAUUUUAACAUAGCACUGUCGGCAUUACUACCAGAAAUCUGUCUGCACUCAUGGAAAGAGUGCACAUAGAACUUGGGAGGAAGAGCAUGAAAGGACAUACUGUGGUAUUGGCUUCCUGUACAAAUUGGGACGAUUGUGACACCACUAACAUCUUUAUACACACGUGCCAAUAGUCAUAACACUUAAGAAAGGUGAAAAUACUGGUCUGUUGUCACUUGCAGUAGAGACUGGCUACCUCUUUAAUGGUUAUCUAAUGAUUAAUUAGAUUGUCAUUUCUAAGUAACAAAUAUGGAGGUACACAUAUGUUGCCUACCCUUGGUGGCUAACCAAAAAAAAAUAUGCCUACCCAUAUGUGGGUCUUGUCUCUGACUUUGUCCUGCAUCUCCAAAACACAGCAUGAGACCAGAGACUAACCCCUGCUCCCUGCUCUAGCCUGAUAAGAUGAGAAGUGGUAGAUUUGAUGCAAUCUGGAAAAAAGCCCCAAUUCCCCUCCAUCUUAAAGCUGGAAGGAGUGUAGAGACUUGCUUUGGUUCUGGGUUUGGCAGAACCCAUAAGCAAAUCCUAGGCUUCCUUACUACAACUUUGGGGUCAGAGACAAAUUGAAUCCCCCCCCCCCCAGUUGGGAAGAAGCCAAAGACUAAGUACUUGCCACGGCAAGAAAAUUGUAGACCAAAAAUAUACUUUAGGGACAGGUGUUCUUCAUGCAUGACUUGGCUUAGUGUGAUGUAUAAACCAGGCCAUUGAAUAAGAUGGAGGUGUUUAUACAGCAAAAGUGCUUUGAGAAUAGCUCUUUGCUAGUCUAAUUUAGUUUCAUUUAUAAUAUAACUCUAGUUCCUUCUCUCAUUUUAUAGCUAUAUUUUCCCAAACCAGAGGAAUAUACUUCCAAUAUAUUAAUGCUAAACAUCUGAAACUCCUUUUAUAGUAUGAUGGUUAGGGACUUUUGUUCUUUCACACCAAUAGCUGACAAUUGCUGGAGGGCUCCUGUCCUCUUCAUUGUAGGGUUUGCAUGUAAGGAUCUGUUUAAGCAACUGUUAAUUAAACUAGUACAGUGGUACCUUGGUUCCCGAACGGCUUAGUUGUUGAACAUAUCAGCUCCCAAACGCUGCAAACCUGGAAGUAAGUGUUCUGCUUUGCGAACAAUUUUCGGAAGCCAAAUGUCCAAUGCUCCUGCAGCCAAUCAGAAGCCUUGGUUUUCGAACGGUUUCAGGAGUUGAAUAGACUCCCGGAACGGGUUAAGUUCGAGAACCAGGGUACCACUGUAGUUCAGAAUUGCCUUGUGAACAAGCAGCCCAUGUUUUUACAAUGGUGGAGAAUCCUAGGGUGUUGGUUGCAUAGGCAUGGUUGCUCUCAUGAGGCAUUCACAGUUCACUGUGCCCUUAUGCUGGAUCUCAUCAUUGUACACGGCUGUUGCUGGUGGGAUGAAAUGAAUGAAUUAAUUAAUUAAGGGAUUGUACAAUAACCUGUUUUACUGGUGAGGCUGCUAGAAGCACUAGGCUGUGCUCAUCAGGCUAAUGGUUUCUGUUGUUGUUGGGACAAUGCUAAAACUUUGCUUAUCUCAAGAGGAGGAAGAGUUGACUUGAGGCCCUCACUAACUUGCAACUUCCCUCCUUUAAUUAAACAAACCAGCAGCUAAAGUGCUGUAAAGCGAUUGUUACUCUAGGACAGGAGUGGCCAACUCCCAAGAGACUCACAGAGUUAAAAACUGGCAGUGAUCUACUCCCUUUUUUGGGGUUUGGGUCAAAGUUGUUGAGUUUUUUCAGGGAGGAGGUAAAAUGUUGAGCUUUCUUUAGGGGAGCCACAGUUGUUCAGCUUCUUUGGGGGGAGCCAGUGUUCUACCAGUGAUCUACCACAGAUGUCCAGUGAUCUACCUGUUGGACAUGCCUGCUCUAGGACAAUGGUGCAUUAUAGAUAAUCCAUAACUCCUUGGUUGGAAACUACUAAAGCUGGAAGCUUAUUUUGAGGAGUCAAUGCAAAGUUGUGUGCAGAGUUCCACGCCUGCGCCACCAAAAUCAACUGCAUUCUUUCCAUGCCCUGCACGUACGGAAACUAGACAUUAGCCAGCUUUUAUUAGACUUGCUGCAUCUCCCAUCCUAUAUCCACAUCUCUUUUUUUACCUCCUCAUUCCUUGAUGGAACAGUAAACAGAGGGCAAUUCCAAUGUAUUUCUAGUUUUGAUAAAGCAAGUCCCCACGGAGGACCCCAUACAGCUGAAAGAAAAUUGCAGAGCUGCUGGUGGAUGGCUUGUUGGCUGCUGAAAGGCAGGAGGCAAAGGAUACAAAUUCUGCUGCCUUCUAUCUAAAGUACUCUACUUUAUUAAUUGGUGCGAUUGGGAGCAACUCCAGCUUUGUCAUAUUGAGCCGAGACUUUAUUUCUUGGCUCUUGCACAUCUUAAAGAUUCCAAUUUUAAAGCAGCUCUAUGGCUGUUGCAGUUUACAGAUCAGAAGACUUAUUUUAGUCACACAACUUUAAACAAACUACAGCAUGUCACUCAAAGCCAUUUAAUGCUUAGGCAGUACUUCAUUUCUCAAUUAUGCUUCCUAGACUUAAUGCACAGGCUGUACAGAGAGCCAUACAUAAAGCCUUGUCUGUGUGUGUGUGUGUUAAAAAACACAAGCAACCUCAUUUUUUAAAGUUUUGUGAGGAAUUGAUCAUGUUAACCAGUGCCAUUUUUGUACAAGCGUAUAGCAGGAACGAUGGGGAAAUAUCCAUUGUGCUGCUGCUGCUUUUUUCUUCUUUAUCAAAAAAUAGUAAUAACUUCAUUUAACAGGAGCUGCUAUUUCUGGCAUUUAUUAUUGUCAGAACAACUGCACAAUAUAUCACUAACAACUUGCUGAAGAAUUUUUAAAAUGUUCUUUUUCUUUUUUUCCUGUAAUUUGGUAAAUUUAUAAAUAAAACUUUAAAAAAAAUCACUAACAACAUGCAAAUAAUUAUUCUAGUCUCUGGAUGGGUAGUAGAGUUUGUAAGCUAUAGAUCCUGUAAUACCGUGGUGGCUCUUCACUGCAGUGCCCAAAAAAGUGUAGUCUUCAGGCUUGUUUUCUUUUAAAAAAACCUAGGUGUUCGGUUUUUUAACUGACUGGUUCCAUGGAUACUCCACUGUGAAACCAAAAUACAGUGGUACCUCGGGUUAAGUACUUAAUUCGUUCCGGAGGUCUGUUCUUAACCUGAAACUGUUCUUAACCUGAAGCACCACUUUAGCUAAUGGGACCUCCUGCUGCUGCUGCUGCUGCGCCGCCGGAGCACGAUUUCUGUUCUCAUCCUGAAGCAAAGUUCUUAACCUGAAGCACUAUUUCUGGGUUAGCAGAGUCUGUAACCUGAAGCGUAUGUAACCUGAAGCGUUUGUAACCCGAGGUACCACUGUAUUGUGUGUGUGUCUCCCAGCCCCGCCCCCAUUUGUCUUUUUUUAUUAUUUAAAAAAUUGGCCAUGCCUAUUUUGACUUUCAGCAACUUGACAUUCCCUCCAUGUGGCCCUUGGCCUGAGAAAGGUUAAGUUUGCCUGCUGUAAUGCUUAAUCACUCAUGCGGUGCCUGAUCAGGCAAAUGGACAACUGAUAGGCAGCACAUGCACAUGUUGUGUAAUGGAUCAGAGCUGUUUAUAGACUGUAUAGAACCCUUCCCUCUGUAUCUUCCUUUCCCCACUCCAUUGAAAACAAUGAAAAGAGCUCUCUGGAUGUAUUGCAUUUUCUGUUCAUUGUAGAUUUCUACUAACCAGAGAGGAGAUGAAGCUUUUCUUGAGCUUUGAGGACUGACCCAUCUCAACAUAACAUUGAUAAAGGACAUUUAAAAUGCUUUGUUAUUCUGAGCAUUGCAGUUAACAAACUAUAAUAAGAAGAAGUGAGUGCCACUGAUCUGGAUCUAGUGGGGCGCAGUGCAAAACGUUGAAAAUCAGCCUAUACUUUUGCACCAGCAUAGAUAAGUGUCUGCCCAGCUAGCUCCGUUAGUAAAUGUCUGCAUGGCAUUUUCAGGUUUGCUGUACCUGACAGAGGAAUGUACUCUAUAUCAACCCUAACACUGAGUAUAGAACAUUCACUCUUAAAAUACCUCUUUGAUAGAACAAGGUGCACUGUGGCCAAGGAAGCACAACCCCCUGCCAUUCAAGUGUCUCCCCCAGCACCUUGCUUUCAAACGUCUCCAGUUUGUCUGGAAAGGAAAGCUAGUACUGGACUACGUAGUCAGAAAGCAGCAAGCUUCCACUGGCUAUUCUCUAUUAAACAUAGACCACGAGAGUGUUUCCUAUUUAGCAGGUUUGGGGUCUCUGGAAUAUGUACACCCUCUACUAUCUGCCCGGUUGCAAUCUAAUUAAGCCUUUCUUGUGAAUUGCUUAGAGACUGUGGUAAUUAAGCAAUAUAUAAACUGUUGAAGUAAAUACAAAUAAAUGAAAACACACCUAUCGAUUGGCUUUCUAGGAGCCUAAAGAGGGACAGCAUCAUAGAGGAAGCAAUGUACUGGUAAAACAAUAUAUUAAAUACGAACUAUUAAGGUUUGGGAGCCGCACUCAAAAAGAUGCCACAGCAUUGUGCACCCCGCUUGCCCCCCACCUAUGCUAGGGAAAGGAAAAUCUUACCAACUCUGUUGCUACUGGUCUUGUCUUUUGUCUUAAGGGGGUGGAAAACACUGCAUCAAGCCAGUACUCGUGCUCCUGUUUCAUAGCCUUCACCCAUGAAAGUUCCAUAUCAUAUGGGGCUCAAGCCUGCCCUCAUCCCAUCUUUUCCAAAGUUAUCUCUGACUUUGCCACCUUUUGGAGGAACUUUGUUUACCGGUAACCUCAGAAGUUUAUAUUGGCAAGUCUAGCAAUCAUGACUUCGCAAUGAAUUAUUUUCAGGCUUUAGGUAGGCUUUCACUUCUCUUCCAAUAUUUGGUGUUCCAUGCUUUGGCAUUGUAUUUGCAGGGUGGGGGUGGGGGGAACUGCAAGUGUAGGCAUUAAGAUGUUGACAUGAAUGGCAGUUGAAAGCCUGCAGCCUGGGUUGAGGUGGUCAUGUGAACAUUGCACUCUUCCUAACACUUGCCUGACAAUUUAAUGACAACAGCUCUUAAGAGUGUUCAUAAAAGUGUCAGAAGCAUGUCAUAGAAAGGAAUAAUGCUCAUCUGAUGUCGAUGCGAGUGUUUCGGAUUGAAACGCUCCCAACAGCAUGGGUGUGAAAGUGCCUCAAAAGUUGCAGUAUCUGCCAGGCUGGAGUAUAGGUGACGUAGAUCUUGCUGCAGAGCCAACUGAGUACAUCUUCAGGCUCAUAAUCAAGCCUACUAAGUGGCUGUGGGAGGUUGUGUCUCCAUAGCAUUCUCAAGGAACUGCUUGGUGGAGUUGCAUUGCGUGGCUGGGAGAUUGCUUAACUUGACCCAGGGGGCAAACCUCUGGAGCAAAUGGUGACUAACUGUAACCAAAUGGCUAAACUCUUUCAGGAUACAGUCACUCGACUCUGCAGUGAUUUAGAUGCUGGUGUUGUGGCAGUGCCAGCCAAGGUCCAAUGCAAUGUCGAGGCCAUUAUUGUGGGAUCAGUUCCAGUUAAUGUGCCCUGAUGAUGUGAACAGGAUACUUGACCACCUGCUUGUGAUGUACUUGACCACCUGCUAGUUAGACCCUUGUGCAUCUUGCCUUAUGAAAGCUAGCCAGAGUGGGGUGACGGAAUGGGUGAUAAACACAGCCUUGCAUGAUGGGAGUGUUGCCUUUGUCCUUAAAGAGGCUGUGUAGUGUUCACUUCUUUAAAAGCUCACUCUAGACCAGGCUUCCUCAACCUCGGCCCUCCAGAUGUUUUUGGCCUACAACUCCCAUGAUCCCUAGCUAGCAGGACCAGUGGUCAGGGAUGCUGGGAAUUGUAGUCUCAAAACAUCUGGAAGGCCGAGGUUGAGGACGCCUGCUCUAGACCCAGUGGAGUGUAAUUACUGUAGGCUGGUCACCAACACCCCUUUCUUGGUGAAAGGGUGGAAAGGAUGGUUAUGAAGCAACAGCAAGUAUUCUUGGAUGAGACUGAUUACCUAGGUCCACUACAAUAUGGGAACAGACCCGGCAUUGGUCCACCAGAUGGAUGAGCUUUAUUGAGAAAGAGAGAGCCAGGGAGUGCAACUGUAUUAUUUCUGCUUGACCCCCUCAAGUGGCUUUUAACAUCAUUGACCAUGGUAUCCUCCUGGACCAACUCUGUGGGAUGGGACACUUACUCUUAUCUUUAACGUCAUGUUCAGAAAGUAGUCAUGGGUGAGUGAAGCUCUUCAGAGUGGUCAUGAGGAGUUUUGGAGCAAGGUGUCAUUCAUGAAUAGAUUUGCUUACAGAUAAGGCCCACAGCCUAGCUUUUUCCCUUUUUGCAACUGUAUCUUUGUAUGUAUAUAUAUUUUCAUCCAAUGUAUGAAGGUGAGCCACAAAGAAGCUAGAGAGGAACAUGGAGAAAAACAAUUCAUGUGCAACAAGAUGUGGUAGUAUGGGUAUGACAUGGGGCUGUUGCGGUUCUAAUGUAGCUUUAUUGGGUGAAAGGCUUAGUUUAGUGGUUGAGCACAUGCUAUGUCAGGUCCCAGGUUUAGUAACAUGUCUGAAACCCUGGAGAGAUGCUGGUGAUCUCUGGGGAUAAUAGUCAGCUAGAUGGCCAGCGAUCUGACUUGGUGUAUGACAGCUUACAAUGUUGCCAUGAAACAGCAAUUGCACUAGCAGUUGCGUUGCUGUGCAUAAUUUUUAAAGAACCUCAACAUAUAGGUGAUAUGCAACUGGCUAGCAACUCAGUACUGAUUGCAUUUCGUGUGUGUUCAGUUGAGGUGGGUCAUUUUGGACCCGGAAGGUGGUGGAAUGGGAGCCAGGCCGGGCGUGCUGGGCUUUUGCACACUCCGCCAACGUGCACAAUGACCCAGAAUGCACCUCUCCCCAUUACUAUAGUACUGACCAAUAGCUAUAUGUCAUGAUGUUGCACCUUUAAUUUUUCUUCCUUCAAUAUUACGGAAUAGUUGAUGGCCAAACUACUCUUUGAAAAGCUUGCUGAAAACAUUUCUGUUUCAGUUGUCCUAUCCAGACACGUGAUUUGGUUACACUUGUUUUAAAUUUGUUUUAAGUGCUUAAUUGUUUUUAGGUGUAUCCUUAACAGCUUUUAAAUGUUUUAAAUACAUUUUUAUACUUUUAAAUUGUUUGCUUGGUUUUUUUUUAUCAAAGAAUUGUUUGUUGCCCUAGGCUCCCUUGGAAGAAAGGGCAGGAUAUAAUUUUAUUUAUUUAUUUAAAAAAUGGUAAGGAUAACACUGAUCAUUUUGACCUUUCUUAGUUUGUUGACAUGUUGUAUGGUUGAUAAAAAAUGAAUGUGCCCAGAAGUAGCUUGCAUUCACUUUCUCUUGUACUGACACAAUGCAUAAAAUUGCAAGUGCUGCAGAAUUAAAAUUCAGGUGAAGAAUGGGGGUGGGGGAGGGUGUGCAGAUUGCCUCAUUUGAAUAUUAUUUAAAUCCAGCUUUUGAUACUGCUGUCUCAUUGUGCAUCUCUCACACGUGCACACAGUGAUGCUCAUUUGCAGCCUUUACUAAUCAGUUAUUAUGGAGCAAAUACCACAUCUAUAAAUAAAGGGCAGAGCUUUGUAAAUCAAAUGACAGAAAUGAUCGUGCUGGGGGCGGGGUGGAAUUCCUGUGACUUACUUGGAGCUUUUCAGAACCACUAAGGCAGCUAACAAAAAUAGUUUUCUGUCUUUUCAACUUUCUUUCAGUAAAUUUAGAACAUUUGAGUACACGUUUCACAUGUUUGCUUUCAACAUGGUCAUGUCACUAUCAGAUGACUGUAAUGUAUCUGUUUUUGUGUGGUGAAUGGGUAUUUUUGAAUGCCCCUUAUAUGGUGCCAGCUGUUUUCCAGCAGCUUGGAAGAAGUUUAUUGAUUUCAGUGUGUCUACUCUGAGUAUGACUAACAUCAGUUACCAUCCAACUUGUUAAUUUGGGGGAGGAGAUCUUUUUUUAACCGAAGUGCUUGCAAUCUUGUGAUAAGUGGUGAUGUAAAUAGACCCUGAAGCUAAACAGAAGUAGGGAAUGGAAGUAGGCAAGCCAAAUAUAAUGACGAGGGGGAUUCCCAUGUUAGGUCAGUUUGAAAGUAAAUCAAGGUGCCCUGAACAAGUUGGAAAAGGAAUUCUUUAUUGUCUGCCUUACUUCUAACUUGUGAUGAUAAAAAUGCAUGUCCACUGCUUUCUAUUGAGAUGUGACUUAAUCUUUUGAGUAGAAGGUUCUGUGCACGCCUUGCUAACUUUCUGAAUGACUAGGUGGGCCCACAAGAAGGUUGUCUCCAGCCCAACUUAACAAUCACUAUGCAGUCGGUUAAAAACGCUCUGGCCUUUUUAAAGGGGAUUUCCAGUAGUACAGAUCUCAACUGUUUCUUCUCUCCUCGCCUAUUUUCAUAUGACAUUGUAUCAGUUAAAAUCUACUCAUCCCCCUAUUUCCAAGUUUACCCAGUAAUUAUUUACACGAGUAACAGAGCUUGUCUUCAGGGGGACUAACUUGAUAGGCUAAAGUCUAGCUUCAGUUGUAAGAAGCAAUGAAAAAUUUAUAUCAUAUCUAAAGUUAAAAAUGCAGGGUAGAGGGAGUGAUCGAAUACUGCAGUCAGAAUGGAUUGCCCACAGAAUUUCAUCAGCUGCAGGGAAAAUGUGAAGCCAUUUAAUCUUUGGUUCCAGAUACUCUGCACAGUUACAGAACCAAAUGACAUCAAAUUGAGUUCACGUUCCCUGGAACUGUAACUCCCCCCUCCCCCCAAUACAACAGACCUGAAUCCCUUUCAAGUAUUUGGUCCUUUUCCUCAUUUCUGCUGCUGCUUAUGUUUUCCAUUCAAAUCAGCAUAACCUUUCACAUUUUUAGAAGGCCUGUCUGUUACGGUGUUUCCACGCGGUCGCUACCUCCUCCCACUUAUAUAUCUGCUUAUAAUUUGCUGUGAUAAAACUGACUGCAAUCUUUGCCAUUUUGAUUUCUAAAGUGCUUACUGUUGUGUUUGCUGGAACCUAUCUUUUAUACAAAAUAUGUGUCUGGUAGUAAAUGCAGCAACUACAGAGUUGCCAGCCCCAUUAAAAACCUUCAAAGAGCACCUUGUUUUGCAAGGGUUUUAUCUAACAUUUGUUCUUCCCGAUUCCAUUUUAGCUAUGAGUAAUGGAAUUGCUUGCCUAACAAGUUCUUUGGUGAUUUCCUUCCCUAAAUUAUUUUUGCAGUGUUGCAGCAUUUUCAUAGCAGCAGGGUUACACCUGAGUGGUGCCUUAGUGCUGUAGGAAUAAAUAGCAGAAUGAGAUGAGGAUAUAAUUUGAAGAACAUUUCCUGUUCAGGAACAUCAAUUUGAAAUAAACACUAAAACUGCAGAAAUGGACCAUAAAUGUACUCAGUAUUUUUCCCCCUUCAUUGUUGAGGAACAUGUGUUCAAAAACAGGGAGCCUGGCAUUUAAAAUCUAAAGCCAGCAUUUAGCUGGCUAAAUGAAUGUUCAGAUAUUUGACUGUAAAGCACUCAGCAGAAGCUGCUUAAAUUAUUUGAAAGUUUUGAAAAUCUAGUCAUUCAUUUUAAGUCUUUUUAAAGAAGUGCUUCAAUUUAUCCAUUGCUCAUAUGUUUAAAUAAAGGGAUGGGGAAGUGGAAUCUUGCAAACAGUAAACCAAGAAUGCAUUGCAGUCCAUGGACAGUACAAUGGUUUUCUUCCAUGGGAUAAGCUUCCUCCAACUUGCAGUGUAAAUAAAAGCUAUACAUACUAAGGAAUAAAAUACUGCCUCGGUUUUUAAUCUUGAUUCUCCUCCUUUUCCUCCUUUUAUUUUAUAUUCAUUGCAUUAAAAAAAUCCUAAAUAAGGAAUUCUAUUUUUGGGCUGCGUUCCUGCUCAGAGUAACUGCAAAUCAGGACUUCUGAGUCUAAGAGCUGAAAAUUGCAUAGAAACCUUAGGCAUAGUAUUAAAAUCACAAUAGCAUACCAGGACAUCUUUGAGUAAGUUAGCAACACUCAGGCAUUUUAUUCCUCAGAGUUGUACAGAAAAAGCAAUGUCAAAUUGCUUAAAGUAAGCAUAAUUCAAUCAGGGAUGGUGAGAGGGGUGGAUACAGAUCUACUGGUAGAUGUCUGGCUGAUAUGCAGGAGAUAAACAAGGAUUUCUAGCUAUAGAACUUGAUUAUUUAACAAUAGCAGCAGCAGAAUUACUCCCCUACCCCGCCCUGAAUUAAUUAUCCUGCUGAAAUUAAGAAAGAUUUUUCUCUGGAAGAACUUUGAGCUCUAUUUAGUAGUCAUGGUCAACACAAAUUCCUGGGCUUAAAUGCUAAGGGUGUAUUCUGCAUAAGAAUCUUCUUUUUAAUACUUAUUUCAUUUUUUAAUUACUUCCCAGAAGCCAUCCCUGAGCAAUUUACAAUAAAAACAUACACAGAACAAUCACACAUAAAAAAGCAGCUAAAACAUUUCUCUAUAUAAAACCAGUUUGGAUAAGCACACACACAUAUAUAACAAUUUUUAAAACAGCAACACACAUAUAUAAAAUCAAUUCAGAUCCAAAGCAGAUCCAACUAAAUGGGGUAGUUGGUAGAUCUCUGGGUUCUACUAAAGAACAAAGUCGCCCUGCAAGCUUGCAGUCUCCCCAUCUCUAACUUAUGAAAUGUGGACAGCUGAAACGGCAUUUGAGCUGGUUAGUAAAUAUGAGGUGCUCACGUUUUAGACUAUACUGUGUUUUUAAAGGCUUAAAUUACAACCAAAGGGGCUUGAUUUGUUCAGGCAAGGCUGGGUUUAUUUGUACCAGGGCCUGAUUACUAGGGCACUGAAAAUAAGCUGGAUUUUAGCCACAUCCGCCAGGCUCCUAGCUAGAUGCCCCUCCCCCAUUCCUGGCCUCCGUCAACUGUCACAGAACAUUCUAGCUCUUCCUUUCUGGGGAAUUCCAGCAUCACAAGUAAAUGCACUACUCUUAAGCCUUUGACUUGCCUUCGCCCUGAUCUGUCGAAUCAUUUGCAAGGAGUGAGACUGGAUUUGCAUUGUAUGAAGUCCUUUGCCUUUGGCGAACAUCUGGAGGACUUCAGAGAUAGAAAGAUGCUUCUCAUGGUAUCUUUCCACAUUAUACCUACUGCUGUCCUUUUGUCUCCACCUCUUAAGAGUCCAUAUUUCAGAUUCCGCCCUGCUUUCUCUACUGAUUAACUGGACUUCUCUCUACGCCCUGCUAAUAUUUUUAAAAAAAUAAAUAUUAAUAUACAAAGCCCUUUACAACUGGUGGCCAGUUUACGUGUAAGCUCGCUUUACCCAAUCAAUAUAUGCCCAAUAUAUCAACUGCUUUGAUCUGCGGAACUGGAACUGUUACAGGUGCCACAUAAUACUUGUUUCCCUGCCCAGUGAUAUCAGGCAGGUGGCGUCACUAUAUUCUGUUUGUGUUUAGACAGGAUUCUGCAGGUAUCUAGAAUGCAGGUGUGUAUUUAGUUUAUUGCUGGUUUUAAUUGUUUGAAUGCUUUGUUUCUACUAAUUUUUAUUUUUAUUCUUUUUGUAAACAUCAUGAGCUUUUUUGACAAGUGGGAUAUAGAUUUUAUGAAAUAAGUAAGAGUACCUGAUCUAAAGUAUUCUCUGUGCUUUUUGAGAUACCGUUCUGGUUUUAGGAUUAUGUCUGCUUAUUGUGGCAAAAAAACGUAACAACCACCCACUAUUUCUUCUGUGUAACAUUUCUGAUGACCAAACAUGAUGAUGUGGUGUUGAUGUCAUUUGGCCUUGUCAGCUAGUAUAUUAAUGUGUUUUUAAUCAUUCGUGUGGGGAGAGGCACAUUGGGAUCUUAGGUGAGGAGGGUCUUUAACUACCGUAUUUUUCGCUCUAUAACACGCACCAGACCAUAACACGCAUGUAGUUUUUAGAGAAGGAAAACAAGAAAAAAAAUAUUCUAAACGAAAUAGUGGAUAUAUGAUUUUUGUGGUUCAUGCUGUGGGCACAGACAUGUGAUCUGACAGUGAGUUUGGAGUAGCCCAAUGCAAAAGUCCUGAGGAUCCAUUUGGAUCCAUGUUUUGUAACCAAAGCAGGGAAGGAAGGGGAACCAUGGAUCCUCUGCUCACGACUACAGCAGAUCCCCACCACCACCCGCAGGCAUUCGCUCCAUAACACGCACAGACAUUUCCCCUUACUUUCUAGGAGGAAAAAUGUGAGUGUUAUGGUGCAAAAAAUACGGUAUAUGCCCCUUCUGUGCCCCUAAUCUGAAUCAGGGGUUUAGCUUGGGACCAUGGCAUGGGCCAAGGGCUAAAGCCCCCUUGCCCCCAUGCUACUCUCCCAGUCUUGUUGCUCUGAUUCUUCUGUUCUUUUCAGGACUCAACUUCUGUUUAAAGAGAGAGUGAGAAAGACAGCUCUCGGAUGAUAACCUAACUCUAAAACAGCACUUUUAAAAAAGUUCUUUGUAUUAAUGCAUUUUACAUGGCUUUACAAAUCUCAUUUUAAAAAUGUAUUUCAAAUACAAAUGAUAAACUAGAACUCUUUCAAAUUGUAUGGGAACAGAGGACUCAACGCGAACUCUUGCCAUUGUAAAAUGCAGGCAUCUUUCCAGAUUCGUUGAGGCCCAACUGUUUAAAUGGCCAAUUUUAAUUUUAAUAGUAGAAAACCCAGAACCCUUCUAUUAAUGUUUUGUUCACAAAUAUACCAUAUAAGCAGUCUCAUAUUUUUCUUUCUUUCUUUCUUUCUUUCAAAAGAUUAUGAAGCUAAUGUAAACUCUAGUUGAGACUCCCAGUGGAACACUCAAAAUGUGUUUUAACUUUCCCAUCAAGCAAUCAUCCAGCAACUUGUAUAUGGAGACACCUGGUGUAAAAUUAUAUGGGUUGGAGUAUGCAGAACAUUGUAAUGGGAAGUUGUUGUUGCUGUAUUAAUGUCCUACAUUUAGGUGCAAACACUAUAAAAUAAUCAUAUUAUCUGCUGAUGUACGUAGGAGAUGAAUCUACAAGAUAUGUAUUGUGAGUAACAGGAAAACAGAUCAAUUUUGUUUUUUGCCUUGGUGGGAAAAAACCCCAUUCCUAGAAUCUUUGGCUAUGUCUUUUGGAACAUAGACCUGUUUCCAUGUAAUACCUCUACGUUGAGUUUUUUAGCCUUGUUGUCGUUCAUGGUAAUUAAUGAUUAUCUUACUACGCAACAAGAAUGUGCACAAUAAUAUACAUUCCAAAUAAAGAUUUUUCUUUUCUUUUUUACCUAGACUAGCAUGUGUAGUCAGUUUUAUCGGGGUUAACUUUUCAAUGCACUCUAGUCAGAGGCUCACAGCACGACACUUUGCUAUGAAAAACCUAUAAUUUCAUUCAUACUUACAGUGGCAUGUAAAUAUCAAAGUGACAUUAUUGUCGGUGUUAAAAUUUAGAACUUAAAAACACAUUUGGUCAAGUCUUGCUUUUAAGUACUUUUAAAUCCGUUCUGCUUUCUUGAAGUUCACUCUUGAAAAGAGAGAGGUUACUUUUUAUUAUUGCCACUGUAAUUACUUCCCAUGUUUGCUCUAUGAUCAGCCUAACACAGAACUGUCUCGGGAAACUUGAAUUCAUUUAUUCAGUUGGGCUGACAAUUAGGUAGUUAAGUUCAAGCAGAAGAGGAAAAAAAUCAAAGCAACCUGGUUUUUCAGGUAUAUAGAUAGUUGCAAAGAUGAAAGUGUACCUUGUGUGGUUGGAAACAUCUUUCGAAUUCUAGGCACUGACAUUGUAUUUUUAGUUGUAAGCGAUGCUUCUGGGGAUGGAUAUGCUUUCCAUACCUUUUCCUUUGCUGUAUUAGGUGUUGUGUGCAGGGCUGCAAAAUACCUGCGCCUGUGUAUGUUCAGUGAUAAUCAAAGCUGUUGUGCUCAGGGCAAUGAAGGCAUCAUUGCGAAUGUUGCAUUGCUGCAGUAGGUCCUACAUCCAGUCCUGCAUGUUGCUUUGCUUAUAAGAUUUAGCCUUUAGCCACAUACUCAGUUGCCCUUUUGCUAUACCAAAUUUGUGAAUCAUAAAAUAAGAAAAUGCUAGACUAGAGGCAGUAUUCAACUUUUUAAAAAGUGUGAGCAGAACAACUUCUGCUUGUGCAAUGUGACUUUCCCCCUCCUUCUCCCCCUUGCAUGGCCUGCUCUAUCCCCAAAUCUGCCUCCCAGAAGGCUGUGGGGAGCCCAGAACAGAUACAGGGGGCACAUGGGGAAGGGAGGGAAAGUUCCAUUGUGCAGCAGAACGCAUAGCACUACUUAACUCUAUGGUGAAUAUCACCCUAGAUAUUUCCAUCUUUGGCUGAGUUGAGACCAAAUUAGGCACAAUUAGGGAGUAAAUUUUGGGAAGUCUAUACCAAGCAUAGGCAAACUCCGGUCCUCCAGCUGUUUUGGGACUACAACUUCCAUCAUCCCUAGCUAACACGACCAGUGGUCAGGGAUGAUGGGAACUGUAGUCUCAAAACAUCUGGAGGGCCGGAGUUUGUUUAUACCUGCUCUAUACGGUAUAAACAAGUUUUAAUGUUGGCUCUAUUGACAUGAAAACAGAAACAACUUCUGGUGCCAUGCCUUUUCUUUGGCCAGUGCUUCCAGGCCUUACUUGCUUCAGGGUUCUUAAUACCAUAUCCAAAUUUGUAUUCUGCUCUUCUGGAAUCUGUAGGCAGCUAACAACAGUCAUAAAAUGAAUUGCAAUAAAGCAAUAUAAACCCAAAUUAACAAACAAUACAAAGAGCAGUAGAAAGAAUCCAGCAGCAGAAAAACUACUUAAUGGAAACCAAAACUGAAAGCAGUAGCUUUUAUGAAAGUAUGGAUUAUAAAUCAGAGGAACUUAGGUUGGAAGGGACCCGAGGGUCAUCUAGUUCAACCCCCUGCAAUGCAGGAAUCUCAGCUAAAGCAUCCAUGACAGAUGGCUGUCCAAUCUCUGCUUAAAAACCUUCAGUGAAGGAGAGUCCACAACCUCCUAAAGGAGUCUGUUUCAACAAAUAAAUAAAAUAAAAUAAAAUAAAAUAAAAUAAAAUCCCUUAUAUAAUGCAUUUUAGAACCUGGGUGCAAGGAACUUGUGACUCUCCAUAGAUUGUAGGACUCACACACCUAUCUGCCACAUCUGGAGAUCCCCUGCUUUAAAAUAACAUGCUUGUUGGUGCAGUGCUUUAGUCUUUUGGAUGUUGAGCCUUCCAUAAGCUUCUGCGAAGAUAUUUAGGAUGGUUUGGAGGUUAUCCUCUUGAGUGUGCACACACUAUGUUGUCAUCAGCAUAUUGAAGCUCUAUGACGAAAGUUGUGGUACCCUUACUCUUUGCUUUCAACCUACUCAAGUUAAAGAGCUUUCCAUCUGUUUGAUAUAUGAUUUCCUUUGACAAUGUGUAGGAUCAUGGCAAUGAAAAUAAUAAAUAGAGUUGGGGUGAUAAGACAUCCCUGUUUAAAACCUGAUUCUACUGUGAAUGGUUCACUUCGAGAGCCACUAUUAUCUGCGAUUGUUGCUAUCAUAUUAUUGUGGAGGAGCCGAAGGAUGUUCACUAAUUUAUCUGGGCAGCCAAUUUUCAGAAGGACAGUCCACAGAGCAGUACGAUUUACAGUGUUGAAGGCCUUAGGUCAAUAAGCGCCAUAUACAGGUGUUGGUUUUGCUCUCUGCAUUUUUCCUGAAGCUGUUGAGAAGUGAAAAUCAUGUCCACUGUCCCCUAGAAGUUCAAAAAUCAUUUUGGGAUUCAGGAAGGGUAGCCUCAGAUAUAGUUAGGAGAUGGUUUGCUAAGAUCCUUGCAAGAAUUUUGCCAGCUGCAGCUAAUAAAGAGAUGCCUCAAUAGUUUCUGCAAUCCAUUCUAUCACGUAUUUAAAAAGAGAUUGAUAAUCUUGGCAUCCCUAAAGUCUGCUGGGAUCUCCUGUCUCUCCCAGAUUUUUUUGAUGAGAUUGUGUGGUUGUUGUGUAAGUUCAAUUCUGCCCACUUUGAAGACUUCAGCAGGUAUCCCAUCAGGUCUACAGGCUUUGUUGUUUUUCAUUUGGUUAAUAGCUGUACACAACUCUCCCAGAUUUGAAGAUACUGCAAGCUCAUCUCUAAUUUGUUUUUGCGGGAUUUGUGAGAAGACCUCGGCAGCUAUGGGGGAGUUGCAGUUAAGGAGAUGCUGGUAAUGUUCUUUCCAACGCAGUGCAAUAGCUUCUUUAUCUUUUUGAAGUGUGGUACCGUCUGUUGAGCGUAGGGGGCAUAUGCUAUGAUUUAUUGGCCCAUAGAUGGUCUUUGUGGCUUUAAAGAAACUCUGUGCAUCAUGAGUGUCGACUAAGUGCUGGUUCUCUCGAACUUGUUUAUCCACUGGGAGUUCUUUAGUCCUCUGGUUCUUCUUUGAACCUCAGCCUUAGUGUAGGCAUGGUUUGGGUUUUUUUUCUUAGUGGCACAGUUUCUGUCUCUUUGCCAGAUCUGAAAGUCCUUCCUUUUCUUGUCAAUAAUGCAUUCAAUCUCACUGUCAUUCUCAUCAAACCAGUCCUGGUGUUUUUUGGUUUGGUAUCCAAUAGUUUGUUCACAGGCUGCAGUAAUGGAUGUUUUAGCUUGGUCCAGUGUUCCUUGAUGUUAUCAGGGAACUCCAAAAGCAGGUGGUGCUUAAGAGUCGUUUGGAGGCAAUCCCGCUUAAUAGGAUCUUGAAGGAUAAUUUGAGAGUAGCAGAGAUUAAUAUGAUGUUGUACCUGUCAUAGCAUUCCAGAUUUCUAUAUCUUAUAUUUUUGUUAUGAUGGGGAUUGAAUGCAUAAUUAAAAGAGCAGAAUAAAAGCAAGUUGAGUAUUUCUGUUCUAGGUGUUGAAACUAUAAUUUCAUUGGGUUAAGAUAUUUUGGCUCUUUAAAUAUGUAUUAAUUUUAUGGGUUUGUUGUAUGCUUUUCAAGCUUAGCUAUUAGCACAAUAUGAAUUUCAUGAAGAAUUCAGCAACAAAAAACAAUUUGCAGGAUUCUACAACUCAGAAGACCUGCCUAAAAAGAGAGGGGUCUCUCUCUCUCUCUCUCUCUCUCUCUCUCUCUCUCUCUCUGAAAAGGGCUAACUGAGCAGUUCUGGCAUAUCUCUGCUAAGAGAAAUGCACACAGUUUUGCAAAAGGCCUUAUUGCCAGGAAAGUAUCAUUGGCAAAGUAUUCUUUAUUGCUAAUAACCACACUACUUGUAUAUUGCUGAAAAUAUACAUGCUGUUUUACAGAGCAAAUUAAAGCCAUUUCUCUAUAUCAGAGACAUUAGAAUUAUUUUCAGAUUUCCUCAUACAAAAAUUUGACAGAUAUUAAAGAUACAGUGGAUGUUACUCACGUAAAAAGCAUUUUAUUUGUACCACCACUUGAGUUCUGUCUAUAAUAAAACUGCUUUAUACAAUCUAGUCAGAACUCUAGUGGCACAUGAAAAUUCAGAAUAGAUGUGAGAUGUUAUUUAUGUACAGUAGGCAAGAGAAAGAUGUAUGUAAGUGAAAUGAUUCCUGUUCACAGCAAUAAUCAACUUGUUUUAACCCUGCUUUUUUGCCAUUUUCAGGCAUGGGCAAUAUAUCACAGCAUGUCUAUAAAGAUAAUUCUACAUUGUAUUUAAAAUUGGAGGCCUUUUGGAAGUGGAAUAGAUGUGGCCUCUGUUUUUUCCCUAAAAUGUGUUCUUAUUCCACAAAUGUAAGAAGGAGACGUUUAGUUGUUCCGGAGUUAUAAACAAACAAAAACACGUUUAAAUUUUUUCCUCUGCAGUGUUUGUCUGAUCAUCCUGGAAGCCUGUAG